GCCUAACAUCUCCUUAAUGCGAUGAAAAGCUAGUCACUUCCGGCUUCCUCGAAACGCUACGUUACCACAUUCUUACCCAGUACGACACGACGCGACGCCAAAUCAAUCCCAAUUCCCGAACCAGCAAAGCACAGAGAGCAGCAUAUUGACGGCAGCAGCGUCAAUGACAAUAACGAUGAUGUCAACGCCGGGCAGCAACAAUUUGGACGAUGCCGGUGACGGAAACGGCAGUUCACGAAGCAGUUUCUUGACGAACUGGACCGUCGCCGGAGGCUCUCUCCAGGUUUCCUGCACUGUUGAGUCUUCCGACUCGCCGAUCGAUUCAGAAACCGUUUUUGCCGAGCCAAAGCCUCGUCUUGUCCUCAAACGCCCCUCGCCUGAUUCUGGCCCCUGCGAGAUCACGAUAAAUUUUGCACAAAAGCAUGAAGUCCGGCAGGUCUAUGUUCGAAGUACAGCUCGAGUCUAUGAGAUUUAUUUUGCACCUUCUGUACAGAGUGGUAAUGAGUACCUCUGUACUGUUCGCUGCAGCAUUGUUGUUAGAGAUGAUGUACUCCUUGUGACUGAAACUGAUGCUGCUUCUGGUGCACAAGGAGAGGGAUCUACUGAAGUAAAGGUUGGAGAGAAAUGUAACAAUGAUGGAAACAUUGCUUCCAAUGAACAUGACUGGAUAGAAGUGGAAGUUCCUGAUUCUUCAUUACAAGAUAACCAAUACAAUUCAGUGUCCAAGAAAGUUGAUCCCUGUCCUGGGACAUGCGUUCAGGGCCUUACACUACCCAGUGAACAAGAGGAAUACACUGUGAGGUUAGAGGAUUUCUAUGAAGCUACGGCAGAGAUUACUGAUGGAGACAUUUGCAAAUCCCUUACACUUCGUUUGCUGUCAUCUCAAAAUAAAGAUUGCCUAUACGUUGAUGAAAUUUAUGUGUUUGCCGACCCUGUUGAGUCAGCUGAUUCAGAUACUCAGACUUCUCAGGUGGGAAACUCAGCAGGAAGUUCUCUUAUGGCGAUGCUUGUCCCUACACUUCUGCAACUAUCUAAGAAGGCUGAUAACCACGGGCAUGCUUCUGAUACAUCUGAAAAAAGAGAACAGCUGGAAGUUGGAUCAAGGGUAUCUCAUUCAUUGAAUAUUGCGAACAAAACUCAGCAGGAGGAAAGCAUAGCCGCUUGGCAAGAGGUGAAGUUGCACGAGGCAAAUGAGGCCACACCUGAAACUCCUGACUUGCUGUUUCCAGAAAAGAUUAAGGACGGAGAGCAAAGACCUAAUUUUGUUUCCAAAACUGAUGUGUCAUCUGAUCGUAUUGAAAGAGCUCUGGAACAGCUUGUUUCUCGAGUAAGCAGAAUUGAGGAUAUCUGCUUGAGGUUUGAAGAACACAUGCUAAAUCCUAUCAACAACAUGGAGGCAAGGCUCCAGCGAGUUGAACAGCAACUUGAAAUCCUCACCAAGAAUUCCCAGUUUACUGGACUGCCUCCUUCUACAAGAAUUUCUGCUCCUGCAUUUUCAUGCAUUGGAUCCAAUUUGAGUUCCUUGUAUAACGAGGGAAGUGAUUAUCCUGCUUGUGGGACAUUACAGUUCGAAAAGGAGGAUUUCUCAUCUGAUAAAUUAUCUGAUCCGGCUGAUGAUACAUUUGUUUCAGUUAAUGAUACUCAGUUUCUCCCUAGUCUUGUGGUCACUGCUCCAGAGUUUCCAUGUGGUGAUGAUGAAGAAAAUGUUGCUUUGGAACCACUGGAGGAUCAUCCAAAAGAAAAGUCAAAGCAAGCUUUGUCAAUCGAUGAUGCUUUAGCUGCUGCACUUGCUGGAUUCUUAUAUACAACAAGUGUCCAGCAUUCACAUUAUAGUCAAACUCUUACAGUUAAAGCUCCAGAUUUUUCGCUCGUUGAAUUUGGGGAUGAUGGCAAAGUAGCUCCGCCUAGUGCUCAAAGUGGAAAGCCUAGUGAAUCUGAUGAAAUGGAACAGGUAAAUGAUCCAGUCAUGACUUCCAGUAUCGGUUCUCCAAUACUGAGAAUGGGACAAGUGACAAGAGAUUCAAGCAAUGACUACUUAAAGGAAGCAUUUGAAGGAGCUGAUGGCCAAGACCAGUUGGAUGAAGUGUUAGCUAGUUACAUGUCUCCCGGUAACCCUGUUAAUUGUCCAGUGGUACAAGUUGAACAUGAAUCAAGACAGACAGAUGAUCGUCAGAUUGCAGAACCAACAUCUAGAGAAGGUACAAAUGGAGUUAGCAUUUCAGUUUCUGAAAGCACUGAUUUUAUGAAACAGUUUCCUGGAGCUCAGACUGAAGACACUCCUGACACCGUGCAUGAAGUUGCUGCUGCAAGCUUUGAAGAUCACGGGGGCUCUGAAAAAUGUUAUCAAAUGCUCACUUGCUUGUUGCCAAGGGACUUUGAACUUCCUAUCCUGGAUGUGAAAUUUGCUUCCUGUGAAACUUCCAGUUGCUACCCUUCUCUUGAACACCUAUUCUGUAAUGUGCCUGAAGUUGAUGCUGAGGCUCAACUUGUCCAGCCUAGGGAUGAUGGUGUAAUUGGUGAGCAGAGUAACUUAAUUCUUGUGGAGGAUGCCAAACCAAGCUGUUCUGGAACCGGUCUUCCUUUGGUGGACUGCAACAGUUACAAUGUAAAAGGUGUGCCUACUGCAGAGAGUAAAACCAAGGACUCAAAUGCAUGCAAUGAGUCAGAAGUGUUUGCAAGCCUCAUAUGAGUCUGCUAGUCUGUAGCAUUAGAUGUAUAUUUGUAAAUAGAUCCGAAGUGAGCAAAGAAUAGCUGUUUGCAACUUCUCCUGUUCUCUGCUAAAAAAAAAUCUAUUUCCAUGCUAAAUGAAUGAACUCAAGUUGAAUUCUCUCCUUUUAUCUUCUUCUUGAUCCUGGAUAUGUGCACAGAACACAACUGUUGUAUAAUCAUGCUCUUUCCCUGAAGUUACACUCAGUCCGGCAAGUACCUUUAUCUUUAGGAAAAUAAGGGACUUGUACUUGCUCGACAGAAACAAUUAUGCCCUCUCUUCUCCUAGGAAAUUUCUCUUGCAAUACGGCAGGUAAGGAAGCGUAUAUAUGCUAUUCACUCUCUAGAGCUGUGGUGUUUUGAGUCAUGACUCAUGAGGUUUCAGCUUUGCACCAAAAAAGCAAAAAAAGUUGAUGGCUAUCCACUUCCUAUUUCGAACUCUGCCCUAAGCGAGAAUCUUGUUUACUACAGAUGGCCAGAGAGAAACUAGACCUGCCUAAGGCAUCCUGAAAGUGGAAGAUGCAGGUUGAUUGAUUCGCGUGAUUGUGGUGGCUCCUCCUAUUUGGCAUAGUGCAAUGAUUCAAUUAUUCUUGCGUACCCCCAUGCCUUCCUGCUGUUGAAGUACACUCUUUAUCCACUUUUUUUAUGCUUAGGAACUUCAUUACUUGGUCUUGACUCAAACUUUGCAGUAAUAGAUGGUUACCUCCUUUUUCAA